AUGUCAAUAGAUGACCUUCGUGGAAUGUUACCAUCGACGUUUACAGUAGAAGGUUCAACAGGAUUGCUUACAAGAUUGUCAAUUGGUGGUAUUUGGUCUCGUGAGAACAUUGUUAUAAAAUCCAGUAUAAGUGAAUUUGCUGAAGAAUCUAUAUUAUGUCUUUCAAACUACAUGUAUUCGCCGCCGAAGCAUUAUAGUAUAACAAACUUUGUCAGUAAGUUUAAUAUAAGACUUGUUGAACCUUCUUCAAUGAAAGAUGUUGUGCUACCCAAAGAUGGAAAGGAUGGACUCAUUAUUGAGAUGAUUUUAAUAGCAUAUUAA